GUGGUCCCCACACAAGUCUCCAGCUCAUCCUGUCCUGGAAGAAUCCUGCUGCUUCCACCAGAUAAUGGGGGGAAGGAGAAAGUCACCCCCAGUUUCCUGAGAACUGGCUCAACAGGUCUCAGGGUUGUUACGCAGGCCACCUGAACAGGGGAGUCAACAGCUGCUUGGCUGCUAUUUUUUUCUGCCUUCUUCCCUUUCAACUUUCUCAGCUUCCUCAGAGUUAACCUCAUACACGUUUACCUCAAGAGUCUGUUCCCCUCAGGUCUCAAUCUUCCAUCUCCAUCUCUACAUGUCCAGGCAGGAGCCUUCAGUAUAUGUGGUUCGUUUCCGUUUUCCCCUAGGCCUUGCUGUUUCAGAACUAGAGCAACUUUCUUCUUAAAACUCUCAGUCCCUCUUCUAUAAUUUAUAUCAGGAAAAAGGCAUAGUCAAAAGUUGUAACAGUAUCAGCGUUGUAAUACUAGAAAUCUCAACUUCUUGUAGACAUUUCCAUGCCUGGAGCUAUUUCUCUGGAGUGUCAGGCUAGGGGAGUCCCCUCCUGUACUAGUUCUCACAGGGUGAUGGCAGCUCCCCUUGCCAGCCCCACCUCCUUGUCCCAAGUGGCCCCAAAUCCCCUUUGAAAGGAUGCAGUUCAAGUUUCAACAGAGCAACCUAAAGGACUUGAGGUGGAGUAGACAGGGUAUAGAAGGCUUAGGUCAAAUGUCCUGAGUGAGGCAGGAUCAGAUUGUCCCCAGGACAGAACAGCUGGGAAGAGCUACUAAAGACACUCUGGAUUAGAACAGCCCCAGGCCAGAACUAAGACAGCCCCUGGAUUAGUCCCGGCAAUGAAGAGAAGGAGAAGACACUGCACCAGGCCAUGCCUGGCAGGGAGUCUGGAGUUUCUGGUUUCUAAACUCAGGAAGGCGUCAGCCAGGGGAGGGGCCUGCAUGAGGGGAAGGGUGAAAAACGGGCUGGGCAAGCUUCCUAUGUAAGGCUACGCAAGAAGAGGCAACAUAGACCAGAGAGAGGAUCUGCAAUAGCCUCCUGAAACAGGAGAGUGAACAGCUCUGACCACCUGAGACACCCCUCCUGCUCCAAAGACUAUAACUCCAUUUGUCUUUCUGAGGCCUCAACUAACCCUGUACCACAAGGAUGGAGCCACUACUAGGAGCAAAAAUUGGCUGCCUAUUUGCCCUGCUGGUGCUGACUCUGGUCUGUGGCCUUAUUCCCAUCCGCUUCAAAUGGUUCCAGACUGCUACAGCCACAGGUUGUCACCGCCGGGUCCUCAGUUUCCUGGGCUGCACGUCUGCUGGCGUUUUCCUGGGAGCGGGGUUCAUGCACAUGACCGCUGAAGCCUUGGAGGGAAUUAAAUCAGAGAUCCAGAACUUGGUGAUACAGAACAGGACAAAGAGUGAGAGGCAUUCUGAUGAUGAUGCUGAUUCAGCUUAUAUGGACUAUCCCUACGGAGAGCUCAUCAUCUCCCUGGGCUUCUUCCUUGUCUUCUUUUUGGAGUCGCUGGCAUUGCAGUGCUGUCCUGGGGCUGCUGAAACACCCGAAGUGCAGGAGCAGGAACUGGGGACAGCUCAUGAGCUUGAACCUCACAGCCAUGGACUUCUCCCCUCCCCUUCACGGGGUCCCUUCCGGGCCCUCAUCCUCUUGCUCUCUCUCUCCUUUCACUCCGUGUUUGAAGGUCUCGCUGUGGGGCUGCAGCUCACAGUCGCUUCUACGGUGCAGCUGUGUCUUGCUGUCCUGGCUCACAAGGGGAUCGUAGUGUUUGGCGUAGGACUGCGGCUGGUGCAGGUAGGCACUGAAUCACGUUGGGCCAUGCUCUCCAUUCUGUCUUUAGCUCUCAUGUCCCCUCUGGGCCUAGCCGUAGGGCUGGCUGUGCCUCAAGGGGACUCUAAAGCUGGACAAGGUUUGGCGCAAGCUGUGUUAGAAGGCAUGGCAGCUGGUACGUUCCUGUAUGUCACCUUCCUGGAAAUUCUGCCCCGGGAACUCGCAAGUCCUGAAGCCCCUCUGGCCAAGUGGAGCUGUGUAGCUGCUGGUUUUGCUUUUAUGGCCAUCAUUGCCUUGUGGGCCUGAGAGAUUCCUGACUUUUCUGAUGGACCCAAGAUGACCUACCUACCCCCAGGAGAAGCUGCUCAAAUAACUUCACCCUCUGACAUUUCUUCCCUGAGACACAGUGACAUUUACUAGGCAUUAUGCCGUAACCUGGACCCCAACUUUUCACCACAUGAGAUGCCAUUUCUCAUACAGGACUGAGAAAAAGUUGUUUUGGUUGAGUGCUUAUAAAUGAAAGGAUUUCACUCUUGUCCCGUUUAUGCUGUUAUGUGUAAUAAAAUGUCAUUUUGUCCUUCUCCUUCA